AUGAUCAAAAAAGUGAUCCUCCUAUGCUUGAUCGGAUUGGCUAUAGCCAAAAUCAACUUCAUUUGGGAGUUCAAACCUGUGUGCACUAGAAGACACGCGAAGUAUGUCGAUUAUGGAUGCUUAUUGAGUAUCCGCAACAUUACCAAGACAGCCAGAGAGACCCGAUUGACUUCAACUAUUGCCCAGGAGUUCAGGACAUCGAGAGAUGUUUCUUUCCUCUUUCAUGUAGUCCGGUCAAAACUGAAGUUGAGACGUCACGAUGGGUUCACAUCUUCUGUGGCCAUCUCAUUUAUCUUACAACUGAUUUCAACCUGA